AUGCUGACUCGGAUCCGAAAGUUUCCAACUGCAAAGUUUGCUCUCCGGCUGCAGCUGCGAGCGAAGGAACUUGGGGACCCCUCCCGCGCUGGGACUUCUGCUCCCCGCAUUUCCAGCCCCCACUCUCUCGCUCCAUCAGGUGAGGGCCUCUGGCUGCGGAGCUGUUCAAUAAUCUUACCCCAGCACAGAAGCUAGCUGCUCGGCCCACCCUCACCAAGGAACAAGUCAACUAAGAAAAUGUGGAAGGUGCCAGUUCUGUUCUUCGUUUUGGGAAGCGCAUCGCUCUGGGUCCUGGCAGAAGGAGCCAGCACAGUCCGGCCAGAAGAUGACGUGACUACAGGUGUGGAAGAUGGUAAGGCGACCUUGCAUAUUGAAGAUUACACCACGGUGACCCCAGGGGCCAGUGAAGAGCACCGUGAGUCUGCUGGCUUGACAGCUCCGAUGCCAACGAGACCAAAGAGUGUAACAAAUGGUCACGAAGAGGACCUGCCAACUGCAGAAAGCACGAUCCACACCCGAGGACAAAGCCAGAGCACCACAGCUCGGAAUGUGGCAACUAGUCAGUCCCCGGGGAAAACAGAUGGAGGAAAACCAACAACAGUUGAGAAAGGUGGCUUGUCAACCAUGACCCUGGUUGGAAUCAUAGUUGGGGUCUUACUAGCCAUCGGAUUCAUUGGCGGCAUCAUCAUUGUGUUUGUUCGAAAAAUGUCCGGAAGGUACUCGCCCUAAAGAGCUGAAGAAUUGUGCCCUCCUGCCAAUAUGUUAAAAAAAAGAGAAUUUCCGACUUCCCUGCCCCAUCCCUGAGCAUGUGAAGAAGAUGACCCAUGGAAAUGCUUCACUGCUGCACUCACAAUCCACGGUGAUUCCUCCACUUGCCAAGAGUGAACAAAAGAAAGAGUAUUCAUAAGACUUGCUCCUCUAGCAUGUGUCUCUUGAAAAAGAAAACUUUUUUAAUAUAAAUUUUGUGUAUAAGAUGAUUUAAAAGACAAAAUGCAUAGAAAAUGGAGCAAAGCUAUGUCAUCUGAUGUGUAACCAAGAUAGACAAUAUAAUUCAAUCCAUGUUAGAAACCGAAACCAUGUCUUUGUUCUGAUCGUCCUCUGCUGUUAAAAUGCAAAGGAAUUUGGAAAUAUUUAUACCAGUGGCGUCCUUGGGUGUAAAGCUCUGUCAGUAGGGGACAUAAGCAUGUUGCAGUUUCUGAUCUGUUGAAAUGUACACGUUCCAGUCUAAGAGGAUCUGUUUUUAAAGCCUGAUUUGGUGUGAACAAUCAAGUAGAAUAUCUAAACUUGCAUAACAUGUAAUGAGCAACUGCCUUUCACUGGUCUGAGUAAAUCAUUUCAAAGGUAUCUAUAUUUUAGAUUGUAAAUAGCAAUCUGUACUUUGGGGAAGGCGUUUUGUUUCUCACAACAAGGGCACCAGGCAGGGUCUCGGUGUGCUCUGCUGCCUCCAAUGAGGACUUGAUGCAUCAAAGAUUUGCUUCCACCUGUCCCUUCCACUUCCCUCAGAUGAUGGGGACCCAGACAGAGCUAAAGGGGUGACCUUCUCUCUUCCCCAUGGCACAAGUCCUCCAGAUUGGCUACUUUGUCCUGGAAUAUGAGGGUCUCAGCCCUGGAUGCCGAGGAGGCUGCUGGAGGCCCACUGGUGCCAGAGGCUCAAGUGCUCCAGGAACCAAGAACCACAGUGGUCCCCGAACCCUGUGUGCACCUCUGAGGAACAGAACCUGCCAUUUACUUUGUUUCCUAGCAUUUACUUUCUGUCUCAGAGGAAAGGCAUGGGAAUACUGAUUUUUUUUUAAAAGCAGCUAGAUUUAGAGACUUUAUUUUAAACUAAAAGAUAUUUCUGGUCUUCACGAGAUCCCACAUAUUUCUGUGGGGUCACAACUGACAGUUCUGUACUGGCACCAUCCAACUCAGGAUGUUUCUCCCCGUAGGUCAGCUGAAUUGUUUCCCCUACACAAAAAAUUUUUAUACUGAGCAGAUGCUGUGUCACAACUGUGAUUGUACAGUUCUGAUAGCCUCUAAACUUGUACGGGUUCAUAAAACAGGAAAGAGUAGACUGUCCGUCAGAAACAGGGCCUGUUCCUCCAGGAACAGUGAUAUGUGCAUGUAAUUUUAAACAGUGUGCCCUUGUGUCGCUCAGGUCCAGCUGAUCCACCAGCCCAGUUUCCAUAUUUGAACAUCAACUGAUGGGGAGAAGGGGCUUUGCAAGAGCUUUAUGAAUCUCUUAAAUAUCCUUCCAUUUCAUCAUUCAGAUUCCUGAACAGGUGUUAGGAAUAAUGUUCAUUUCACCUUUCCUAUCCUCUCUUUUUUUUCCUCACUGUGAAAAAUAAUAGUCAACCCCAAGUUAUACACUGGACCCAUCACCUGCUGGGACAGGACUGUGGGUUUCUUGGUCACAUCUGUGUUGGUGCUCAAUGCAGUGUAGACAUGUUUUGAAAUAAAACAGGUG